AGGCCUGAGCUGGCAUGGGGAGGAGGACUCGCUUGGAGGUUCAGGACAAGGCAGUCAUCUUGCGGAACCCAGUGCCCCUCACCAAACCCAUUCACGCUGUUGUGUGUCAUGCACUGCUGCUGCACCCGCUCCAGACUUAGAGCACGAAGGAAGCUCAGUCCUCCCAGAGUUCAAUCUGCUAAGGGGGAGAUGGUAAUCAACAUAAAGAUAAUUCGCUCCUUUCUGCUCUUUCCAACAAUUGAGCGAAUGUCCGAGUCACCCAACGGCAGGAUUGCCACUCCGUUUCUGUGCUGGCUUCGAUAUGCUCUCUAUGUUUCUAGCUACUUAUUACUUAAACCAUGUCCGGAGACAAUCAAGUCCUGGCUGAUCAGAAUGGCCCUUCAAAGAAUGAACAUGCAGAGUGAAUUUUCGGUCCUUAGUGUGUUGGAGCCAUUCUGCCUUGCUAAUGUUGCCUACCUUGGGGGCCAGGAAAUGAUGGAGGUGGUGAAGAGAGACAACGAAACCAUAAAGGAGCACUUACCUAAGCUUACAUUUUACUAUGGAACUAUAGAUGCUUGGUGUCCAACAAAGUACUAUGAAGACAUAAAGAAAGAUUUCCCUGAAGGAGAUAUUCGGCUCUGUGAGAAAAAAAUAGCUCAUGCUUUCAUCCUCCGUUCAUACCAGGAAAUGGCUGACAUGGUCGCGGACUGGCUGAAGGAUGACCUGUCCAAAGUGGACAUCGCAACAUAAGGAAGCAAAGACUAACAGCUGGUGCCUAGGGGCCAUGGUGUACUGACUUUCAGUAGUAACUAGUAGACUCCGUAGGUCAUUGCUUAAUUUCCGUGUUUGAUUAUGGAAGAGAGAAAAAAGUGAAACCCUCUUGGCUUAAAAACUACCCACUCUCAACGUUCCACGCUACUGGCUACAGUAAACACAGGUGACGAAAUACUCCAUAGGUUCAACCACAUGUUUUCCGAGGCUCAGGAACACAGUGGCCUAAACAGGUCUCUGAUGUUUGCCCAGGGCCGCCAUGCAGCUUGUCUUGGUGGGCAGGACCCUUGCAGACCAGAGGAAGGCUAAAUGCAGGGAUUCUAAUUGACGUACAUUGUAGAGGAGGCUCUGCUAGGGGAGGUUAGGAAAUGCCUACUAGGAAACGUAAGAGGUCAGGGAACGUCCAGUGUGCAGUGCAUCCUGCUAGGGGACCUGAGUUUCCCUCAGGACAGAAGCUGAAGAGCAGCCCAAACUAACCUUGCCGGGGUCUUGCCGAGACCAUCACUAUCAGGCCAGGUACCAGGACAGCCUGCAGACCUUUGUCACAAAUUGCUACAUUAGCCUUUUGUCUGGCCACCAGGGCACAGCCCCACACAGAGCCAGCAUCAGGGCAGGCACUGCCUGUGUCCGUCCGUCUCUGGGAAGCUUCCCUGAGGAGUGUGAUUCCUGGUCCAUGUGCAUCCGCCAGAAUAAAGUUUGCCAGGCAUCCCCCUGCUCAACUCACCGGCUAAGGGGAAGGAUCCUGGCUCUGCCUCCAGCCACACGACAGCCAGCCAGCUCCGUGCCGAGCCUGGGCCUGCCGGGCGGGGCACUCCUUUGCCGGCUCCUCUCCUCUAGAGCAAGGUUGGGGAGGCCCGACUGCCUCUCGUCAGCCCGGACCUCCCAUCAGUUGUCCCUUCUGUGAAUUCCUUCAGUGGAACUCCACUGAGGACCAAGCAGUGAGCCGGGUACUGGGCUAGGCACUGAGGAGAGUCUUAGCUGUAUCAUGAUCCUUCUGACAACCUAGUAAGUGCUUUCCAAAAGGGCAUCCUUAAAUUGCUCAAUAGAGCAUAACCAUAAAUGAUUGUUCCGUUCCCACAUUAGCAUAUUAGUUGGGAAGAAGUUGUUUUACUAAUGAACCAAAAUUAGCCAUUCAAUUAUGUAAAUUUGCCUUCUCCAGACACCUUGAGGUCCAGGAGAGAAGCAGCUUGUUCUCUGGCCCAGGGUGGCUAACAGCAUUGCUGCCUUCCCCCAAAUCAACUCAUCCUGGGCCAGGAGCCAACACCUCGCACUGAGUCUUGCGUCAGAAGCAUUCGGUUUUCUCCGGGGGGAAUCCCUCAGGCUUUGGACAAUGUGGCGUUGGACUUCCCCUCAAAACCUGAAGCCCCCUGAUGGCAGAGUCAGCCCUGAUGUGCUGCCAGCCCCGUGGUGAGUGUUGGACAAGCUGCUAGCAGCCAGGGCCUCUGCGUCAGAGCAAAUGACUUUUUGGACAAGAAGGAUCCAAGUUCCAGGCAAGGAGUGCUCUUGGCUCCAAAGAGGAGCCGGGCACACACAGGCCACUGGCUCAGGCUGCACACUGCCUCCUCAGGGCAUCUGCGUGGGGAGGCCUUCUAGACCAAGCAUGUCAAACUCAUGGCCCGUGGGCCACAUGCCUCGUUUAUUUGGCCCAUGUUAGCCUUUGACUUUGACAUGCUUGUUCUAGAUUCUGGUGUUAGCAGCUGGGACUUGUGGCUCCAACGUGCCUGGCAGACAGGAGACGCUCAGUGGUAUGAACUUGAGCCCUUAAGCAAGUCCUGGGAGAAUCGUACCCACGGAAACGUAGACUAGCAUCCCAACUUCUCUCAGUCACUAUUCCACAUGCCUCUGUGUUCCAAAAGCCCACGUGGAUGAAAUUGUAUCUCAUUUUGUUCUUCAGAACUUAAAAACUGGUUAAAAGUGAAAUGAUAAAGUAAAGUAUUACUGGCUCUUAUUUCCUGUUUAUCGUCUAAGCACCAAAUAACUUUUUGAAAUAAAUGCUUUACCAGCGCUCAUGAGCUUGCUUGGCCCGGUGGCCAUGUGCUGGGGGAGGAGGGGUACCAGCUGCACAGUUCUCUGAGGUAGACUCGGGUCAAAGUCUCCCUGUGAAGCCAAAAAACCUCUCUUCUCAGUAUUUGUCUUAGAGAAGGAAGGAUCAGAUUUCAGGAGAAUGAAGUUCAUUUUAUUUCAUUAGGAAUUAAACAAAAGACUACAUGUUUCCAUGCAUAGGUAGGAGGGGAUAAGGUAGGUGAACUCUGAGGCCUGGCCUUCGGUGUGAUUUUUAGGCAACUUCAUCUGGUUUCUCCCUAAGAUAGGAUUAAUAGCAAUGCCUGCCUCCGAUUGUUGGAAGAAUUAAAGAAGAUGGCAGCAUUAAAGCAUUUAGCACAAUGCCUGACCAAGAGUAUCUAGAUAAAGACUGGCAAUAAUAAUAAUAAUAAUGAUAAUGAUAAUAAAUACUAAUUGUCAUGAUAGU